AUGCACGCCCUUUUUUCUGGUCCUUGUGAAAACUCCAGCGUGUCUGGCAUUCAAGAAGCCACAGACCAACUCUUGGAUGUAAACCUGCUUGAGAACCAGAGAUUUGUACAGAUGACAGAGAGUGGCUACAGAAGUGAGUCUGACAACCUCCAAGUCAUUAUUGGAGCCACCGUUCCUACUGGCUUUGAGCAAACAGCUGCGGAUGAAGUGAGAGAGAAACUUGGGUCAUCAUGCAAAAUCAGCAAGGACCGGGGGAAGAUAUAUUUUGACGUUACUUUGGAAAGUCUUGCUAAGGUUCAUUGUUUGAGAUCAGUCGACAAUUUAUUUGUGGUUGUUCAGGAGUUUAAAGAUUAUCAGUUCAAAGAAACAAAGGAAGAAGUUCUCAAGGAUUUUGAAGAAUUGGCUGCGAAGCUUCCAUGGUCAAGCCCAUUGAAAGUUUGGAAAACUAACAUCAAUUUCAAGAAGAAAAAAGCAAAGCGCAAAAAAAUAAAUCAAAAUGCAAACAAAGAAAAAUUUAAUAAUGGACCGGGAGAAAAAAUAGAGGAGAGAUAUGUUCAGAAGGUUGCGAGUAAUGCCUUGGAGUCACAUAUAUUAGACUAUUAUGAAAAUCCAGCCAUUAAAGAGGAGAUUGCAACAUUAGUAGGUGAUCAUUUGGCCUCUUCACAGGAAGAUGAGACUGAUGAAAACUCAAAAGAAGAAAGUGCCCCACAGGUGCUCAAGUUUAGAGUCACGUGCAAUAGGGCAGGGGACAAUCAUUGCUUUACUUCAAAUGAAGCUGCCAGAGGUUUUGGGGGUGCUGUUCAAGAAUAUUUUAAGUGGAAAGCUGACAUGACAAACUUUGAUGUAGAGGUUCUUUUGAAUAUCCAUAAUAAUGAAGUAGUUGUGGGCAUUGCAUUGACAGAAGAGAGUCUCCAUCGAAGAAAUAUCACACAUUUUGGGCCCACAACUCUUAGGUCUACUCUUGCCUAUGGAAUGCUUAGGCUUUGUUCUCCUCAACCAUCUGAUAUAAUAGUUGAUCCAAUGUGUGGAACGGGGGCGAUACCAAUAGAGGGGGCUACUGAAUGGUCUAACUGUCAUUAUGUUGGUGGUGACAAUAAUCCGUUGGCUGUGAAUAGAGCUGUAAAUAACAUCUCUUCUUUAUUGACCAAGAACCAAAUUCAGGAAUGCAAACCAACUUGGGGCCUGCCCAUAGAUGCUGUCCAGUGGGAUGUCUGCAAUCUGCCACUAAGAACUGGUUCUGUGGAUAUUAUUAUAACAGACAUGCCAUUUGGGAAGAGAAUGGGCUCCAAAAAGAGAAACUGGAACCUUUACCCAGCUUGUCUGCGGGAGAUGAGCCGUGUCUGUAGGCCUGGGACUGGCCGUGCUGUGCUCCUAACUCAGGACAAGAAGUGCUUUACCAAGGCAUUAUCGGAAAUGAGACACGUGUGGCGGAAAGUGCAUACUGUCUGGGUGAACAUAGGGGGCCUGCAUGCUGCAGUUUAUCUUCUGAAUCGUACCCCUCAGGCUUUUGUUCAUUCUUCAAAACAGGAUGAGGACAAAGGAAACCCUUGGUGA